AUGCAACAACAUUUAAUUUCAAACACUCUUCAAAAUGAAAUUCCAAUGUACCCAGAAACAAUUUCUGAAUACGUAGAACAAUUAAAGAAAUUUAAGGAAUUUAUUGAAUCAUAUCAUAAAAGAGUUUUAGAACCAUUAGGAUUUUAUAAUAUGAUGCUUAGAACUAAGCAACAAAAGUACACAAUUCCUGAAUAUGAAAUAGACACUAUUAUUCCUAAUUUUGUUAUUAUAUCAGAUUUAUAUGAAGAUAUGUUAAGUAGUGUCAAUGAUUGUAUUGAUCUUACUCGAUCAACACAAAUAGAAAUGCAAGAAAAAGAAGUUGAUGCAUGUAUGGGAAUAGUAACAAAUGAGUUAAUUGAUUCAUAUAAUGGAUUAAUAAAAAGAUUUAGUCGUGGGUAUACACAAUUUGCUGUUGAUUAUCCAUAUGCAUUAACAAAACAUUCUUUUAUGUUAAAGUAUAAUUCUCAAUAUAACCAACAAUGCCUUAAAAUACAAAAAUCAUCUGAAGCAUUAAAUUAUGGUUUAGAACAAUUACUUGAAGGAGUUCUUGAAUACCCCAAUGAUUUACUUAUUGCAUUAAAAGCAUUAUUUAAUAGUAUAACUGUAAAAUACCCAAGAUGGUUUGAAUUUUAUGAUAUGAUUCAGGUUAUUGAAACACUUCAUAAAAAGGUAGAAGAUACCAAAAAAAAUCUUAAAGAUCAUCUUAUUGUUGCACAAACAAAAAUUGAUAUUAAUUUCCCAGGAGGAGUUAGUACAGAAGAAAUUUAUGAUGAAAAUAGAAGGCUUGUAAAAUAUGUUGAUGGAAUAGUAGAAGAUCUACAAACAUUUGAUUAUGAUGGAACUGAACUUAUACAAACAGUUUUUGAACCAAAAGAAUCACGUGAAGUAAGAUUUUAUAUAUUUAAUGAUACACUAUUUAUGACAACACAACCAAAAAGAUCUAUCUUUAGUAUAAUGGCACAUACAGCAUUAAAAGGAAUCAUAUUUAAAAAGAGAUUUGUUUUAACACAAUGUAGUGUAAGAGAAAAGAGUGAUAAUAGGGAGACUAAUAAAUAUAGGUGUGAUAUUGUUGAAGAUACUCCUCAAAAAACAUUUGUUACAGUUGAAUUUGAAGAUGACGCCACUCUUCAAAUUUUUAUUCAAAACCUUGUUAGUGCAAAGUUAGAAUUUGCUAAAACUCAAUGUUUUGGUGUUACUCCAAAAGAUUUCUUAUCAAAAGUAAAACAAGAAAAAGGAAGACUUAUUCCUAGAUUCUUUAGUUAUUGUACUUCUGUAGCUAUUUCACGUGGAAUUAAUGAAGAAGGAAUAUUUAGAAUUAGUUCAGAACAAAAGAAUAUUACUAGACUUAUUAGUCGUAUUGAUAAUGGAGAAUGGAAUUUUGAAAUUGUUAAUCCUCAUGACGCGGCUAAUCUUAUUAAAACAUAUUUAAGAACAUUACCAGUUAGUAUUGCUGGAGAUAAAUUAGAUGAAUUCAUGGAUGCAUUAGAAGAACCAGCCCCAAGUGAAGCAAUUAAAAAAGUAUUUGAAACUAUGCCAGAAUGUAAUGUUGCUAUGAUGUAUGUUUUUGCAUUAGUGUUAAAAGCAGUCGAAGCUAAAAAAGAAGUUAAUAAAAUGGGAAUAGAUAAUUUAUGUAUUGUAGUUGCACCAACGUUUUUCUGGAAAAAGGGAGAAAUACAAAGACAAAAUGGAUUUGAGAUAGUUCAAUAUAUGGUAAAUCAUUUUGAAGUUUUUGAUGCUAUUAGACAACGUGUUGAUGAAGAAUUAAAAAAAGAUGAAGAAAGAAUUAAAAAAGAUGAAGAACGAGCAAAGGAUAGAAGAGAGUUUGUUUUCGGAAAAGCAUCAGAAGAAGAAAAGAAAAGAAAGAAAAUCGAAGAUGAAAUACCAACAAUGACUGUUGAUGAAUUUAAGAAAGCUAAAUUACUUGAAAUACUUGAAAAAGAAAGAAAAGAAAAAGAAGAGUAUAAAGAAAGGAAAAGACUUGAAAGAGAACAAAAAGAAAAAGAAGAAGCAGAAAAAAGAAGACUUCAAGAAGAGGAAAUGGAAAAAGAAAGACUUGAAGCAAUUGAAAGACAAAAAGAAAUUGAUCGUUUAGAAGAAGAAGAAACAAAAGCAAAAAUUGAAAGAGAAAAGAAAAGAGCAGAAAUUGAAAGAGAAAUGGCUGAAAUGGAAAAGAAAGAAAAACAAAGACAAUUAGAGGAAGAGAAAAGAAUAAAAGAAGAAGAGCUUAAACGAAUUGAAAAUGAAAUCAAAAGAAAAGAAGAGGAAUUAAAAAAACAAGAAGAAGUAAGAAAGAAUGUUGCCCAAAUCAUAGGUACUUGUUGUGUUUGUAAUAGUAAUGUAUUAGAUACAGAAGAUUCACUUAAUGCUGGUAAAAGAUUAGUACAUGAACGUUGUUUUGUUUGCAAAGUUUGUAAAGAGAAAAUUUCAGGAAAAUUUGCAUGGAGAGAAAAUGGGUUUAUUUGUGGAAAUUGUGUUAGUAAAGAAAAUAAUUCAAGUCAAUCAACUGGAAGUUCAAAUUUGUGUGGAAAAUGUGGAAAACCAGUAGAAGGAAAAAUAUUAAAAGCUAUGGGAAAAGUAUGGCACCAUGAAUGUUUUAUUUGUGCUAAAUGUGGUGGAAAAAUUUCAGGUGGUUUUGUUAAUUGGGAUGGAAAACCAGUUUGCAAGAAUUGUAAAGAUUCAAUAUAA